UCGUUGUGUUUAUAUUCAUAAUAAACAGAGAAUGGCCAAAAAUAUAAAGUGUGUUGUGGUGGGUGACGGUGCUGUUGGUAAAACUUGUCUGUUGACUUGCUAUGCAACCGAUACCUUCCCCGAGAUGUGUGUACCAACUAUAUUUGAUCACUAUUCGACGACAGUUUGGGUUAAUCAGGUACCAGUAGAGUUAGGUUUAUGGGAUACAGUUGGACAGGAAGAUUAUGACAGGUUACGUCCCUUGUCAUAUCCCUUAACGGAUGUUUUCGUAUUAUGUUAUGCUGUUGAUAUAAAAGCGAGUUUCCAAAAUAUCAAGUCAAAGUGGUAUCCUGAAGUUUCACAUCAUUGUCCAGAUGUCCCAAUCGUACUGGUGGCUACCAAAACAGACCUAAGAAAAAAAUCCAUGAAAUCUAAAAAUAAAUCAAAACAGAUUAAUGACACAGUUUCAAGUGAAAAAGGGCAAGCGCUAGCCAAUGAAAUAAAAGCCGUGAAGUACUUGGAGUGUUCAGCACGAACUAUGCGCGGAGUAAAAGCAGUUUUCGACGAAGUAAUCAAGGUAGUACUUUUACCAAAUAAACAGAAAAAGUCUAGACAGCAAAGAUGUAAAGUGUUGUAGAGUUGCAUCCUUUGUACAUGUAAGUCGGCUUGAGCUCAGUGACUGUCUAUGUAAAGAAACGAUGACACUUGUGUGAUUAAAUCCUUAGAAAUGAUUAAUCAAAGAUAAUGUAACAGCAACUAAACAUUAUCAUUCGGAGGAAGCUGAUAGACGAUUUACCAUUAAAAGAGUAUGAAAAAGAAGAAAUAAUAUACUCAUAUAUAACAUAUUGAAUUUCUUUUUUUUAGUAACAUGCUGAAAAGAACAGUGGAAGACAUUUUUUACAUGUAAUUUUUUUUUUCUAAAAUGCUAAGAAAACACCAAUGUAUUUAUCUGCUGAAUUUUAAAGACGGACAAUUCAUUUCUUUUUAAAAUCGAAUCCGUUUGAAUUUAAAUUCUAACACACAAAUGAAUACCGCUGCUAGGUGGAUUAUUAUACUAUAGGUAUUGAACAAUAAAAGAUAUUAUGACAUA